CGUAGGUAUGCCAGAGGUAAGAUGGGAAGAAGACUAAUAUUGAUUGCAGCUCAGGUCAUGAACGGCAAGCCGUGGGUCGGAGAUGAUCUUGAUUGGACUUCCCCAGUAUCACCGCGGUAUGCCGACGGCAUGCCGUAGAUCGCCUAUCAAUUCCUCCUGAAUGUCAACGCCACCACCGCGGCAAGCAUCCAGAAGACUGAGCACGAGUUCUAUAUAAGAACUUGUAUCAUUUAAGAUGGGAAUUGCGAAUUGGUCACCAAACAUCUCAAAGUCUUCAAUUGAAUCUUCGAAGCCAGGAAUAUCAGGAAACAUGCCGAACGCCGUCUCACCCCCUCGCGAAACUAGCCACCUCGAGCCGGCUUCCUUGAAAAAGAAUGGCAACACACAAGCAGUAGGAAUGGAGCAAAGCACACUGCAUCGUCGCGGAGUAGGACUUCGAGGUGUUGAUUACAGCUCUGUCUCCCCGGGCUACACACUCGUCGCUCACCUGACCUCCCCAGGAACCGUCCGCUUAAUCGCCAACGACGGGACAGAAGCGCAUCGAUGGAAUCUCCUAUAUCGACCUGGUAGACAUGCACGCAUCCUUCCUAACGGGAAUUUGGCCUACAAUGGCGUUCAUCCUGAUGCUCCUCGCUUAUUUCCCCUUUGGCAGAAAUACCGAGGUGGAGUGAUGCAGCAAAUCGACCCAGCUGGCAACGUUGUCUCGGAACAUCGAGACCCCAUGGCUCAUCACGAUCAACACCAUCUUGGAAACGGAGAGAUUCUCUACACGACUCUAGAAGAGCUCACCCCGACUCAAGCAGCCACCAUCCCAGGCGGAAUCCCAGACAGCGAAGCGCCUGAUGGGAAAGUGUAUGCCGACUGCAUCAAGCACGUUUCGGCAACUGGCGAAGUCCUCUGGUCAUGGAAAGCAAUCGAACAUCUCGACCCUAAGAUAUUCCCCCUUCAGCCUCAUUACGCCCGCGAACACUAUCCCCUGAUCAACAGCGUCUACCCUCUUAAAGACGGCAACAUCCUCGCCUCGCUACGCAGCGUUUCAGCCGUCAUCAUCAUAUCCCGCGAAACCGGCUCUAUCAUCUGGCAUCUCGACUCCACAGUCGUAGCUCAACAACACUGCGCCUCCGAGCUCGCCAACGGCAACAUCCUUAUCUUCGACAACGGAACCUUCAGACACCGCGAAUCAGCCACCUACUCGCGCGUCAUCGAAGUGAACCGCUCAACCAAACAGAUAGUCUGGGAAUACAAAGACCCUCACCCCAUGACGUUCUUCACGCCUUUCAUGGGCGGUGCGCAGAGAUUAGAGAACGGCAAUACGCUGAUCACGGAAGCGGCGUUUGGGAGGGUGUUUGAGGUUACGGCGGAGGGCAAGAUGGUGUGGGAGUGGGUUAACGAGGAGUUUGCUGAUUAUAAGGGGCUGGAUGCGGGGGAGAUUGAGGGGUAUUUUGAUUAUCCUGCUAAUGCGUUGUUUAGGGCGUAUAAGUAUACGCCGGAGCAGAUUCCUUGGUUGAAGGUGGAUUGAGAUGUAUCGUUUAAAGAAGUUUGAACGCACAUUUGCCAUUUUCUAUGCUCGAGUGCCUCGUCUCCAGUCUAAUAUCGAGCUCAAGAAGUCCAUACGAAACCAUCUUAGCCUUGGCCGAUCAGUCGGGAUCAUGUGGAAAGGCUUAGCAUGUGUAGCUUCGGCCAGUCAUCAGAUCUGGACUGUUUUUAAUAGAUGUUCAACAUCAAGCAAAUCGUGCAUUCAGACAGAUCCCCACAUUACUGCGUGGGCUGGAAGCGAUGAUCCCACUGUUCUUUCAUGAACAUGAGAGUGGGCAAAUUUUGAUGAGGAGACGAUCUUCGAAGUUGCGCC